AAUAUUUACUCACAGUCAAAGUUGCAUCUUAGGUUUCUGCUGUUGAUGGGUGGUGAGAAUGAACUCCUCUGUUUUGAAUAGGAUCAGCAAUAAGAAUAAGAUUGACAUAGUUUUUUUUAGGAAGAUCUAGAUAAGAAUGCUUCUUCUAGCUGUAAAACAUCAUUCUUUUGGUUUUCACCUUCUUUUAUCUAUCUUAUCAAUGACUUCCUUCAAACAUUGCUGCAUCACCCUUUGAAAGUAUUGCAGAUAGAGUGGUAGAUAUUAGGUAGGAGUAAGUAGCAAUCAACAGCUGGGGUUUACACAUUCAUCUCCCUUUAACAUAUUUGUUGCCUUCUUUGACUGCAAUUAAACUAUCUUUUAUUUCUUGUCUUCUCAAUAAUGUAUUUCCGUCUACAAAACUCACUGAUACUCUGCUAAAAUUUCUUGAGUUCUCAUUUUAAGUUCAAAUCUAGGGAUAAUUGGCCUGAUUUGGAGUUGUGCCUGGUACAUAGAUUUAGAUCCAAUACCCCCAGGAUUAAACAAACCAAUUUCCAGAUUUUUGCAGUUCUUUAUCAGUAUCUGCAAUUAAUAAUCGCUUCCUGACUUUAUACUUGUAUCUUUGUUUGCUAAUGCAAAAUAUCUGUAAAGUCCCUUUAGUGGGUUCAAACCACAAAUUAUCAAAUGCGACAAGAUAUUGGAGCAUUUAAAAACAAGAUAUUUUCAACACUGGCAGCAAAAAUGUUUGGCUGUUAUAAGAAAAGUCAUGCAUACGAGGGUGGUAAAAAGAAGGUUAAAGUCGCUUAUCAAAACCUCAUGUUCGUAGAAACAUUCUUGCUCAGCAAGGUUAUUAUCUUUUCAAUACACGUAAUUAUGUGUUAAGUCUUACAUGUUCAAAUCCUGCGCCUAAAUUAAAUAUAUGUUUUCUGACAUCAUGUUUUUAGUUGCCACCGCAUGUGUCUCUUUUCCUUAACUAACAUAUUCCGAUGCAGCUCCUCCGUCUGAACCAUCCGGCCAAAACGUCCAAAAACCACGUGUAACACUGAUUGAGACCUUUCUGUCAUACUUCUAGAUUUUGAACAGCCACCAUUUUGAACCAUGCUAUAACAGUAUCAUUUGUGUUUGACUUAACUCAAUAUUAUAUACGCAUCCUUCACGAACUUCCCUUAAAAAAUAAUUUCCUGUUCCACUAUCCCAUUAUUUUAAAGUGUAUGAAACAUGAAAAAAUAAUUUAUUCGGCUGCUAUUGCUAAAGCCUCAAAUCUCAAAUCUCAAAUUAUAAUUUUAUUUUUCAAACGUUGUCAAAGUCCAAGUCAAACAAAUUCAUCUUCAUGUUUUUUUUUUCUUUACUAUUCUUCUCACUUCGUUUAAAGUUCAAAUCAUAGGACCAUAGUUCAUAGGACUGCCACCAGGGACGAACAAUAAACCAUGUUGUCCCUGUCGUCGACCACCACCACCACCAUUGUAGCCAUCACCCUAAUCUUCUCUCUCCACCACACCACGUCGUUGCAACCCUACGCACCACUCUCUACCUGCCAACUCACCUUCUUCAACUGCGGCACCAUCACCAACCUUUCCUACCCUUUUACCGGCGGUGACCGCCCCUCCUUCUGUGGGCCACCACAGUUCCAUUUGAACUGCCAAGACGGUGUCGUCCCCGUGUUGAACAUCUCAUCAGUGAGCUACCGAGUCAUCAGUACCAACUCGGUGGCUCAGACCCUCACCUUAGCGAGAUUAGACCUUUGGAACGAGACAUGCACGAAUGUUUACGUGAACUCAACUUUUGAUGACCCAUUCUUCGACUAUGGUUCGGAGAACCAAAACCUGACCUUGUUUUAUGAGUGCAAACCCACCUCAGCGUUCACCGAAACACCAAAAAAUCUGUUUCACUGUGAGAGUAAUGGGGCUUUGAAUGAGUCUUAUGCUUUGGUUGGUUCUUUACCUUCGGAUCCUAUUCUUGGAAUUGUUGAAUGCGUUCAACAUAUUUCAGUUCCAAUUCUUAAAGAGCAGGCUGAUAGGCUGGUGGAAAACCGGUCUUUGCUUCGGGAGAUUCUGAUGAAGGGGUUUAAUGUGAACUAUUGGAAUCCUUAUGAGAGUGUGUGCCUUGAGUGUGUUGGUUCUGGUGGCCAUUGUGGCUUUGAUUCUGAUAACAACCAACAUAUUUGUAUUUGUGGGGACCAAUUGUGUUCAACUCCAGGUAAACGCAACAAUGUAGGUGUAGCAAUAGGUGCUAUUGUAGGAGGAGUUGCAGCCCUUGUUGUCAUUCUUGGAUGUGUGUACUUUAUUAUACAAAGAAGAAGAAAAAUUUAUCAAAAAUCAAGAAGUAUGGAGCUCUUCAUAGCUCCAACUUCAAGCGGAGAUACUUUUGCAUCAACUACUAUCACGUCGCAAAGUCUAUCUUCUUACCAAUCUUCCAAUCCAGUAACCAGGAGUUACUACUUUGGUGUCCAGGUCUUUACCUAUGAGGAAUUGGAGGAAGCUACCAAAAACUUUGAUGCUUCUAGAGAACUUGGUGAGGGAGGUUUCGGCACUGUUUACAAAGGUGAACUCAAAGAUGGACGUACAGUUGCAGUGAAACGCCAUUAUGAAAGCAACUCUAGGCGUAUUAUGCAGUUCAUGAAUGAAGUUCAGAUUCUAGCCCGCUUAAGGCACAAGAACCUUGUGACACUCUUUGGAUGCACCUCUAAACAUAGCAGAGAACUUCUCCUUGUCUAUGAAUUCAUACCUAAUGGAACAGUGGCUUAUCAUCUUCAAGGAAGAGGCUCAAAAUCAACUUUACUCCCUUGGCCUAUAAGAUUGAACAUUGCUGUUGAAACAGCUGAGGCUCUAGCCUACCUACAUGCAAACGAUGUCAUACACCGCGAUGUUAAAACCAACAACAUUCUCUUGGAUGAUCAAUUUUGCGUCAAGGUUGCUGAUUUUGGUCUCUCGAGGGAUUUCCCAAUCGAUGUCACUCAUGUGUCAACAGCUCCACAGGGAACACCUGGUUAUGUUGACCCUGAAUAUUACCAGUGCUACCAGCUCACUGAUAAAAGUGAUGUUUACAGCUUUGGAGUGGUUUUGGUUGAGCUUAUAUCAUCACUGCAAGCUGUGGACAUCUACAGGAAUCGCAGUGAUGUGAACUUGUCAAACAUGGCUAUAAAAAAAAUUCAAAACCAGGAACUGCAUGAAUUGGUCGAUCCUUAUCUUGGGUUUGAGAAGGAUCCUGCUAUGAGGAGGAUGAUAACAGCAGUGGCAGAAUUGGCCUUUAGGUGUUUGCAACAGGAAAGAGAUUUGAGACCAUGCAUGGAUGAGGUGGUGGAGAUCUUAAGAGGAAUCAAGAGUGAUGGGCUUGGUGCACGAGAAGAGACAGAAAUAUUGGAUAUAAGGACUGAUGAAGCUAUACUUUUGAAGAAGGCUCAUUCUCCUGUUUCACCAAAUUCAGUUGUUGACAAUUGGGUUAGCGGUUCCUCUGUAUCUAAUUCCUCAUAGUUUCUAAGCUUUAAUUUUUCUCUUGGUGAAGAUCUAGUUAGACAGUGAAACUUGUGUACUGAGUCAAAUGUCAGUGAGCUAGUUUAGAAAUCAUAGCCUUCAUAUGUAUUUUCUCUAAAAGCUUCUGGUUUGAACUUUUAUUCGGGGCUUGUAUAUUAUUAUGAUGAUGAGAAGGUGAAUUCACUGCUGAUUCAAAAGAUGUAAUAUGCAUAGGGGUAAGAGAAAUACAUAUAUAUUCAUAUAUAUGUUAUUUAUUUGGAGGUGUAAA